CGAACAACACAAAGUACGAUCUAAAAAAUAAUAAAUAAAUACAUUUCGUAAACCGAAUUGAAUAAAGUUACAAAAUUGAAAUGGCAAAGAAGAUUGCGGACAUAAUGACCUACGAGCCGGCUGACGCUCUAGUUUUCGAGGGGCCGUUCGACAAGUAUGUCAAGCGCAAACUGGUCAUUCGCAGUCUCACGGAUAAGGAUAUGGUCUACAAGAUGAAGACAACCUCGCCGCGCCUGUUUUACGUGCGUCCGAAUAUGGGGCUACUUCGUGCCAAAUCGACGGUCAAUAUCGAGAUCUACAUGCAGCCGAAGCUGUCUACCGUCCCGAGCUCCCUUGCUAAACAUCACAAGUUUCUCAUUGUGGCUGGCGAAGCUACUGAAGAUUUAGAAGACUUCCACGGAUACUUUAAGCAGCUUGACCGCGCCAACAUGUGGGAGGGCAGGGUCCGCUGCUUGUUGGUGCAUCGACAGCCGGAGGUUAUCGACACUCUUGUAAACGAAUUGGCAGAGCCUAUCCGUCAGACUGCUGGUGGGGUGGAUGAAGUAGAAGUACUGAACGACGCCCUGCAGGGCGACGAACUGGAGGACCUGAAAAUGACGGAGGAAGAGGUGGCCACCCUGGAGGAGGAAAUCAAAGCCAUACGCGGUACUACUGGGAACGUGGAGAAGGCCAAGGAAAAUCGUUGUGCCAAGCGUUCCAAUAAACUGUUCAUGUUGGUGGCUUCACUUGUCACCGUCGGUGCCGUAAUUCUUGUCACCCACUAUGGCGAAUAUGCCGUGCAACGUAUUAAGCAAGCCUUUUAAGCAAUUGUUCUGUUAAAAUCAUUAAAAAUAAAUAAUUGCAAACGUAAUUCCUGCGGAAUCCCCUA